UCUACUGAUUUGUAUGAACAUGAUUCCAACUCUGAUGAUGCCGACUACAACCCUGCUAAGGGUGAUGAUGAGUAUGCAGGUUAUGGAGUAGACGAAGAUAUUGAAGUUGAAGAUGAAGAGGCAAUGUUUGAGGCAGUUGACUCUGAUGAGGAAGCCAUAGGGCCUGAGUACAACUCUGAUGAUGGUUUUGAGGAGGAUAAAUUUCCCGAAUUUAAUCCGAAAACAGACAUGAAGAACCCUUAUUUUUUUCAAAGGAUUGAAGUUUGCAACAGCAACAGCAAGAAUACUAAGAGCAACCUUAAGGGAGAGGGCAAUCUAGGAUGGUUGGGAGGUCCUCCUUGACAAGAGUGACAGUGACCAAAUCCACGCUAUAUGCAAGGCUGAUAAUUGUGAUUUUGAGUUGAGGGCAACUAAAAUGCAAUGUGAGAGCACCUUGUUGGUUAGGAAAUAUAUUGGUGGUCACACCUGUGCUAGGGUUUAGGAGAACACUAUGGUUAGAACACCAUAUCUAGUAGAGAGAUUUUCCCAGUUCAUCAAACUUAACCCUGAUAUCUCAACAGAAAAUUUUCGAGGAUACAUGGCAGCUGAAGUGAGAGCUAGCGUUUCAUUUCAGCAAGCAUAUAGAACUAAGAGGGCUGCUUUGGAAAUGCUUGAAAAAAGCAUGAAUGAACAAUUUGCAAGAGUCCAAGAUUAUGCUAAGGAGCUGAAAAGGGUGGACCCCAAUACAACUGUGGAUAUCAAGUGUGACUUUAACAAUCCACAAUAGUUGCCUAUCUUCAAAAGAAUGUACAUCUGUUUAGGAGCAUUGAAGCAAGGAUUCAAAGUUGGAUGCAGGCCUAUUUUGGGAUUAGAUGGGUGUCAUCUCAAAAGUCCCUAUGGUGGUCAGUUAUUAUCAGCAGUUGGACUUGAUGCUAAUAACACAACUUGGGUGGUUGCUUAUGCACAAGUAGAAAUGGAGAGCAAGGAUUCAUGGGACUGGUUCUUAAGGCUUUUGGUUAAGGAUUUGGAAAUCAUGGGUGAAGGGAAUGGUUUCACCUUCAUUUCAGAUAAACAAAAAGGGCUUAUACCUGCAUGUGAGUCAGUAUUGCCAUUAGCAGAUCAUUGGUUUUGUGUAAGGCACUUGUGGACCAAUUUUAAUAAAAAGUUCCCUGGCAAGGUGAUGAAGGACCAGCUGUGGGCAAUUGCAAAGUCUACAACCAUAGUUUAUUACGACAAAGAGAUGAUUCUGAUGAAACAAAUCUGCCCAGCCGCUGUUGAUUGGUUCACAGGUAAAAACUGGUUAUCACUUGCUUUGAGGAAAUUAGGGUCAGGAUGAUGAAAAGGAUAGCUGUGAGAAAAGAUAAGAUGAGCAAAGUGUUGGACCCUAUCUGCCCCAAGCCUAGGGUAAUUCUCGAGAAAAACAAAGUUAAAGCUGCAAUAGAUUGCAUCCCUCAAGGGACCGGAAGCACCAAAAUUGAAGUUCAAAGCAUUGGAGGUUCAAAGUAUGUGGUGGAUCUAGCCAGAAGGAUGUGUGCUUGUAGGAGAUGGGAUCUAACUGGAAUCCCUUGCAAGCAUUCCAUAGCUGCUAUCAACUUCAUGAGACAAAAGCCUAAAGAAUUUGUGGAUGCUUGUUACCUGACCAAGACUUACAUGGCUACUUACUCCAACACAAUCCAGCCUGUAAAUGGGAUGAGCUUGUGGAUCCCAAGUGAAGAACCUGCCAUCUUACCACCAGAAUACAAUAGGCAACCGGGUAGGCCGAAGACCAAAAGGGCAAAGAAUGCUUCUGAGUUAGAUAAUGAUGGUCCUAAACUUGGAAGGGUGCAAAGAUCUCUCUAGUGUAGCCGGUGUGGAGUGUUGGGUCACAAUAUCAAGACUUGUCAUAGGCACCUUCCACCUACGGAAAAAGCAGUUAACACUAGCAAGAAGAGAAAACUCAACAAUGGUUCGACAUCGUCAUCGGCAUUGGGAUCGGCUUCUAAGGCAAAGGGUACCAAAGAUCCGCCAAAGACAGAAUGAAUUGAGAGCUAAGGCAGCAAAGAAUGCUGAAGAUGCAAAGGAAAAAAAGGUUGCACAAAGGGCGGCAGCACGUGCAACAAGUAAGCCUGCACCGAGAGGAAGACCACCCAAAGCUGCUGCAAACAGUGGUAAAGUAGCUUCAAGUAAGGCUAAAGAUUUUGCACCGCAAGCUUCUCAAGCUUCAUCAAGAACUUCUGUCCGGAUUCGGGACAAUGCAAAGAAUAGUAGAAAAUAGAGUAAUGUGGUUUCAAUGUGAUAUUAGCAACCAUGGUUAGGUUUUAGAGAUGCAUAGCUGCUAUUUUUGUGCAACCAUGUCAUGGGUUUCAUGGUUGCUAGGUCUAAUAUUUUGCAUAGAUAAUUAGAGCUAGUUUUUUGUGCAACUGAAUCCAAACUGUUGGUUUUUGUUAGUUGGAUGUAAACACUAAUAUGCAUAUAUUUGGUUGCUACUUUGGGUAAUUAUAAACAUGGUUGUAUGUAGAUUUUAUGAAAAAAUUGAUGGUUAUUU